AUGCAGAUUGGUAAGCAACCUUCUAUCAAUUCUGCAAAAGCCAAGUACUUGUCCCAGUUUCCUGCCUUCUUUCAUCCAUACAUCGAUGACAUUGUUGAUGUUGAACCGGAUGGAAAUUGUGGUUUCUGUUGUAUUUCAUCUGCAUUAGGAUGGGGGAAGAAGCAUGGCAAGGAGAAAUGGAUGACGAUUCCCGAUAUGGGUUACCAUGUUGCUUCUAAAUACAGUGUUGUAUUUGUUUCUCUUUCCAUGAGAAUGAACAUAGCAUUUUUCCCGCUUCUCAUAGCUUCACCCCUAUACACGAGUCGACAUACGAUCAUUGAUGUUGGUUUUGUCAACAGUAAUCAUUGGGUUCAGAUAAAGUUGAGACUCGGUUGUCCACUGUCGUUCGUCACUGAUCGGUGGAGGAAUAAUUGUUCUAAUAAUGCAAAAGCAUGGGAAUCAGCAUAUGCGAGUCGGUUUACACACUGGGAAACACUGGCAGGAAACUCAGACAUUCGGAAGAAUGUUUCUAUGGAACCAGAAACUGUUGAGAUAUUAUAA